AUGGCUGUCGCUCAAGACAAGGUAAUUUCGAUAAACCCUGACUAUGUCCCCAGGUCAGAGGCAGGGACCACCAUCACUACUACAGUACCGGAGUCAUUGCGAACCGUGUUUGACUUCAAUGGGACAAGCAUGACCAGCUGCCCAACGGGCGUCACCUGCCAGCCAAACGUACUGGUGGAGACCGUCCGUGCAUACCCGACUACAAUCACCGUUACAAAUAUCAAAACCAUCACGGAAAAGACUACCCUGCGCGAGAUUUUCACGUCGGUCAUCGUGGAGGUCAUACCGUCCGUAGUUGCUCUGGAAGGGAUCUGCCACGGGGUCACGACAAGCACCUACGCGACACCUUUCACCCUCUUGGUUGAGCAGAAUUUCACGACGACAGAUUUCUAUCUCUCCAGAUCCACCACCACAACGACCUCGACGAGUACAUUCAAUAUCACGGACAGACAGGCUUGUACUUUGGAGAUGCCACAGCCUUCCAGCCCUCCUGGGCCGGUUAUUUCAAAUCCUGCGCCGGUCAUUUCCGGUCAAGUACCUCUGCCAAUUUCUUCAGACCCUGCCGCCUCUGCGGCUUCUGCUGCCUCUGCGGCCGCCGAAUCUUCAGCCUCUGCCGCUGCUGAAGCUUCAGCUUCUGCCGCCUCUGCUGCUUCCGCCGCCGCCGAAGCUUCAGCCUCCGCCGCCUCUGCUGCCUCUGCCGCCGCCGAAGCUUCAGCCUCCGCCGCCUCUGCUGCCUCUGCCGCCGCCGAAGCUUCAGCCUCCGCAAGCUCUUCCGCCCCUGCAGAAUCACCAUCCCCCUCCGGCUCUUGA